GCCCAAAAUAGCACAUACUAUUCCCAUUUGUUGUGUGUCCGUGGCGGCGGGAUGAGCAAAGGUCAGGCAUUGAGGGAGUUGCAACCUAACGACAUGCUCAACAUGGCGCAGUACUACAACGUGGACUUGGCGGCAUCCCCGUUUCUACUGCCGAUCAUCAAGCAAGCCGUAGAGACGCCCUUGCCGCCCAACUGGGUGGAGGAAGUGACCAACAAUGCUGCGCCAACGAUGUACCUGAACGAGCAAACGAACGAGGUUCAAUCUAGUCACCCCGCCGACGCGUACUUUACGAGUCAAAUCCGAAAGGCCAUGGAAGCACAUGCCGAGACUACAGUACCCCCCGGGCACGACCAGGCUGCGUGGAUGGAGUUUCGGCGGAACAAUGUCAAGUACUACUAUAACUUUGCCACGAACGAAGAGCAAGGGGACGUGCCAGCCUCGGGCGAAGUCUUUUGCAGCCAACGCCAUCGCCGCCACGACGAUGUGUCCAAGGACGUGUUCGCCAAGGCCGUGGAUCUGCAUCGACAGCCCAAGACCAAGUCGCUGGAAACACUAGACAUUUUGUGCUUUCAUUCGUCGUGGAACGAAACGCGGUUGAGUGUCACGGAGAAGCGACACGCUGACAUUUACUUCUCCAUCAGCACCAAGCACUUUCAGUUUGUGCUGGGCAACCUUGAUAACGUGUACACAAUCUCCCACAUCAACGGACGCCACGAGCGGCCAUUGGAGGCGUGGGACUUGUACGUGGGCGCCACCAUCACCAUUUUGGGGCGCUCCACCACCCUGACAAAGGCCAGCAUGUUGACAUUGCAAUGGCUCGGGUUUCACGCCAAACAACUCGACGACAUCAAGACGAAGCUCACCACCCAGCUGUGCAAGUAUGAAACGGUGCACGUCGACACUCGACCGAGCAAGUGCGGGGUGUCCCUGCGCCGCCUGAAAAACGAUAUUGAACAACUUCGCGAAAAACUGUCCAAGUAUCGACCAGACUUGGCCCGCAAGAUUGUAGACGCACUGUACGACUGAAGAAGUCACGAAGCAUAUAUUAUACACGAUGGAAUAUAGCCUUCGAUGGCCAUGCAUGACGUUUACUCGAUCUUGAGCACUUCGAUUUCAAAGAUGAGCACAGAGUCUGGCUGGAUACCCCACGCAGGGAAACCACGGGCGCCGUAAGCGUAGUCAGGAGAGCACGUGAGCUUGGCCGACUCGCCCAAACUCAUGGACAACACGCCUUCGUCCCAGCCCUUGAUCACUUGGCCCAAGCCCACUUGGAACGCAAACGGCUGCUGGCCAGCGUCCUUGGUGCUCCAGAACUUCUUGCUCAGGUCGCGGUCCUUGCCGUAUCCUGUGCAAUGGACAGUGACUUGGGCGCCCUUGGCAGGCUUCUGCCCGUUGCCUUCAGUUAGGAUUUCCUUGGUCACUCCCAUGUUGUUGUCGAUGUGGUUAUGUAAAGGGCUGUGGCUGCG